UCUGUGCCUCUUCGCUAUCAGAAUAGCUGCGUGAACAAAAGUGUGGAUUGAGUCUCCGGUUCGGAUUUAAACUUUACUUUUGGCCGAAUAACUCGAAGAAUGGAGUUGGGCUUAUGGAAUUAAAGCCGGGGGUGCUUGCAAUGGAGGUUUUGCUAUUGAAAUUACUGCUUUACAGUAGCCUGAUCGCGGUCCAUGGUUCUCCUCUGCUGCUCUUUGCCAACCGUCGAGAUGUGCGCCUGGUGGACGCAGAAGCCGUUCGGGCAGAGUCUUCGGUCGUCGUUAGCGACCUGGAGGACGCGGCCGCCGUGGACUUCCUGUACUCCGAGGGCCUGAUCUUCUGGACAGACGUCAGUGAGGAGGCCAUCAAGCAGACCUUCUACAACCAGUCCAGCAACUCGCUGAAAGAAACGGCUCUGGGCACGUGCACGAAAGUGGUGGUGUCUGGUCUGGAAUCCCCCGACGGCCUGGCGUGCGAUUGGCUGGGACGCAAGCUCUACUGGACGGACUCGGAGACCAACCGCAUCGAGGUGGCCAACUUGGACGGCACGUCGCGGAAGGUGCUGUUCUGGCAAGACCUGGACCAGCCUCGGGCCAUCGCCCUGGACCCGGCGCACGGGUACAUGUACUGGACGGACUGGGGCGAGGAGCCACGCAUCGAGAGGGCCGGCAUGGACGGCAGCAACCGCAAGAUCAUCGUGGAGGUGGAGAUCUACUGGCCAAACGGCCUCACCAUCGACCUGGACGAGCAGAAGAUCUACUGGGCCGACGCCAAGCUCAGCUUCAUCCACCGCGCCAACCUGGACGGCUCAGCACGGGAGACGGUGGUGGAGGGCACCCUGACCCACCCCUUCGCCCUCACCCUGUCGGACGAGACGCUGUACUGGACGGACUGGCAGACGCGCUCCAUCCACGCCUGCAACAAGCACACGGGGGACAAGCGGCGCGAGAUCCUCAACGGCAUCCACUCCCCCAUGGACAUCCAGGUCCUCGCCCAGCAGAGACAACCAAACUUUCAGACCCCGUGCCUUAACGGGAACGGCGGCUGCUCGCACCUCUGCCUGCUGUCCCCUGUGCAGCCUUUCUACAGCUGUGCCUGCCCCACAGGAGUCAAGCUGAAGGAGGACGGCAAGACGUGUAGACCAGGAGCAGAUGAAGUCUUGCUGUUGGCUCGCCGUACAGAUCUGCGUCGCAUCUCCUUGGAUCUGCCUGACUUCACAGACAUCGUACUGCAGGUGAGUGACAUUCGGCACGCCAUCGCCAUCGACUACGACCCCGUGGACGGCUACGUGUACUGGACAGACGACGACGUCAAGGCCAUCCGGCGGGCGCGCAUUGACGGCAGCGAGGCCCAGACGCUGGUCACCGUGGAGAUCGACCACCCCGACGGCAUCGCCGUGGACUGGGUGGCCCGCAACCUGUACUGGACCGACACCGGCACGGACCGCAUCGAGGUGACGCGUCUCAACGGCACCUCGCGCCGCAUCCUGAUCUCGGAGAACCUGGAGGAGCCGCGGGCCAUUGCCCUCGACCCCGUCAACGGUUACAUGUACUGGACGGACUGGGGAGAGAAGCCCAAAAUUGAACGUGCAAACCUGGACGGAACCGAGCGCUUCAUCCUCCUGAACACCUCGUUGGGAUGGCCCAAUGGUCUAGCCAUUGACUACACGGCAGGAAAGCUGUACUGGGGUGAUGCAAAGACAGAUAAAAUUGAGGUAAUCAACGCUGACGGCACGGGCAGGAUGACCCUGCUGGAGGACAAGCUGCCGCACAUCUUCGGCUUCACCCUGCUGGGAGACUACAUCUACUGGACGGACUGGCAGCGGCGCAGCAUCGAGCGUGUGCAUAAGCACACGGCCGAGCGCGAGAUCAUCAUCGACCAGCUGCCUGACCUCAUGGGCCUCAAGGCCACCAAGGUCAUGGAGGCCACAGGCACCAAUGGCUGUGCGGAGAGCAACGGCGGCUGCAGCCACCUGUGCUUCCACCGUCCGCAGGGCCCGCGCUGUGCCUGCCCCAUGGGCCUGGAGCUGCUGAGCGACCUGCGCACCUGUGUGGUGCCCGAGGCCUUCCUGCUCUUCACCAACCGUGCUGACAUCCGCAGCAUCUCGCUGGGCACCAACAGCAACGAUGUGGCCAUCCCGCUCACCGGCGUCAAGGAGGCGUCCGCGCUGGACUUCGACGUGGCCGAGAACCGGAUCUACUGGACCGACGUCAGCACCAAGACCAUCAGCCGAGCCUUCAUGAACGGGUCGUCGGUGGAGCACGUGAUAGAGUUUGGUCUGGACUACCCCGAGGGCAUGGCCGUGGACUGGAUGGGCCGCAACGUGUACUGGGCCGACACCGGCACCAACCGCAUAGAGGUGGCCCACCUUGACGGCCAGUACCGCCAGGUCCUCGUCUGCAAAGACCUGGACAACCCGCGCUCCCUAGCGCUCGACCCAGCCAAUGGCUACAUGUACUGGACGGAGUGGGGCGGGCGUCCGCGGAUCGUCAAGGCCCACAUGGACGGCAGCAGCAUCGGCACGCUGGUGGACAAGGUGGGCCGCGCCAACGGCCUGACCAUCGACUACACGGACCAGCGCCUCUACUGGACCGACCUCGACACCUGCAUGAUCGAGUCCAGCAACAUGCUUGGCCAGGACCGCGAGAUCGUGGCGGACGACCUGCCCCACCCGUUCGGCCUGACGCAGUACAGCGACUACAUCUACUGGACGGACCUGUACCAGCGCAGCAUCGAGCGCGCCGACAAGCGCAGCGGCCUGAACCGCACCGUGGUGCAGCACCACCUGGAGUACGGCAUGGACAUCCGCGUCUUUCACAGCUCGCGGCAGGACGGCGCCAACGAGUGCUCGCAGAACAACGGCAUGUGCGCCCACCUGUGCCUGGCCUCGCCUACCGGAGCCCAGUGCCGCUGCGCCUCGCACUACACGCUCGACGUCAACGGGCGCAACUGCACCUCCCCGUCCAGCUUCCUGCUCUUCAGCCAGAAGGCGUCCAUCAGCCGCAUGGUACUGGGGGAGCAGAGUCCCGACAUCAUCCUGCCCAUCCACGUGCAGCGCAGCGUCCGCGCCAUCAGCUACGACCCGCUGGAGAGCCUCCUCUACUGGAUAGACGGCCGCGGCAACAUCAGACGCGCCCGCGAUGACGGAACACAGUCCUCAUCUGUGGUGUCGACGACGGCGUCCACAUCCCCGCACAUGGACCCGGCCAAGAAUCCGCACGACCUGAGCAUGGACCCGUACAGCCGCACCGUCUACUGGACCUGCGAGACCGUCAACACCAUCAACAUCCACCGCAUGGACGGCCGCUCGGUGGGGGUGGUGCUGCGGGACGAGGUGGACAAGCCCCGUGCCAUCGUGGUCAACGCGGAGAAAGGGUACAUGUACUUCACCACAGUGCAGGACCGCUCGGCCAAGAUUGAGGGAGCGUCUCUGGAUGGCACGGAGCGCGAGUCCCUAUUCACCACCAGCCUGAUCCGGCCCGUGGCCCUGGCCCUGGACAACAAGCUGGGCAAGCUCUUCUGGGUCGACUCGGUCCUCAAGCGCAUCGAGAGCAGCGACCUCUCAGGGGCCAAUCGUAUCGUGCUGCAGGACUUCAACAUCCUGCAGCCGGUGGGACUGACGGUGCUGGGGGAGCACCUGUACUGGAUCGACCGGCAGCAAUCGAUGAUCGAGCGCAUCGACAAGCUGACGGGCGAGAAACGCACGCGCAUCCAGGGCCGCAUCGUCUACCUCACCGGCAUCCACGCCGUGGAGGACAUCGACCCCGAGGAGUUCGGUAACCACCCUUGUUCCCGGGACAACGGUGGCUGUUCCCACAUCUGCAUUGCCAAGGGCGACGGAACCCCGCGCUGCUCCUGCCCCAUGCACCUGGUGCUGCUGCAGAACCUUCUCACUUGUGGAGAGCCCCCGACGUGUUCGUCAGAGCAGUUCACGUGCGCCACAGGUGAUAUCGACUGCAUCCCGAUGGCGUGGCGCUGCGACGGCUUCGCCGAGUGCGACGACAACAGCGAUGAGGCCAACUGCCCCGUCUGCUCGGCACUGCAGUUCCAGUGCGACAAGGGACAGUGCAUCAACGCCCAGCUGCGCUGCAACGGAGAGUUCGACUGCGCUGACAACUCGGACGAGCAGGACUGUGAAACCAUCUGCCGCCCCAACCAGUUCCGCUGCAGCAACAGCCAGUGCAUCCUGAAGAAGCAGCAGUGUGACUCCUACUCCGACUGCGAUGACAACUCAGAUGAAAUGUACUGCGAUCCGGAGAACUUCAAGCCGUCGGACCUGCCGGUGCACACCACCAGCACAGUGGUGCCGGUCAUCCUGAUCAUCCUGACGGUGUUUGUGAUGGGCGGCAUGUACUUUGUGUGCCAGCGCAUGGUGUGCCGCUGCUACAAGGGGCCCAACGGGGCCUUCCCCCAUGAGUACAUCAGCGGCACCCCACACGUACCCCUCAACUUCAUCUCUCCCUCCAACUCCCAGCAUGGGACCUUCACAGGAGGUAAAGGUAUCUCGUGUGGCAAGUCGAUGAUGAGCUCUGUGAGUCUGAUGGGCAGUAGCAGUAGUGGCGCUCCGCUCUACGACAGGAACCACGUCACCGGGGCCUCCUCAUCCAGCUCCUCCUCCACCAAGGGAGCCUUCUACCCACAGAUCCUCAACCCACCGCCCUCACCAGCCACAGACCGCUCUCUAUAUAAUGCAGAGAUCUUCUACUCCUCAAACAGUCCCUCCACUACCAGGUCAUACAGGCCGUACGUGAUGCGAGGCAUGGCCCCUCCCACCACACCGUGCAGCACGGACGUGUGCGACAGCGACUACACCAGUAGCCGCUGGAAGAGCAACAAGUACUACAUGGACCUCAACUCAGACUCUGACCCCUACCCCCCACCCCCCACCCCCCGUAGCCAGUACCUCUCUGCCGAGGAGAGCUGCCCCCCCUCGCCCUCCACCGAGCGCAGCUACUUCCACCUGUGUCCCCCGCCCCCCUCGCCCUGCACCGACUCCUCAUGACACCCAGCCAAUCCCGAGGGAGGGAGGGGGGAGGGGAGGGCAACCACAGAGGGACAAACUGAACAAAUGAACUAACUCAACUAACUAAAGCCAUCAUGUUUUGUACAUAGAUAUUUUUUGCCUGUUGUGGGUGAUUUUUAUUUUAUUUUUUUGGACAAGGAUGAAGUGCAGAUAAAGACGUCAUCCUCCACCAUCAGUCAGACUCAAUCAAUCAUGCUCAGAGUGGUUGGAAGGAGGGAUCAUGAACACAUUUGUUUUCCUUGAUGGAUUAGUUUUACAGAAGAAAACCAGCAGGCAAACAACACUGUGUGUGAGGAAUGGAAAAUCAUGGGAUAAGUGACACACAUGGACUUCAUGUUGACGUCGUCAGUCACAAGAAAGAAAGAACAAAGACAGCGUGAGUCCAUGCGCUUUGGUUGUGAAUUCCUCUGAAUUUUGAUUUUUGGGGGAAAAAAGGAAGUUGAUUCACUAGAAGUAGUGACAAGUGUUCACAACCUCCACAUGCAGAAAUGCUCUUCAUUCAGAUAUUAAAUUAUUCUUACGUCCAAAUUAAUCUAAAAUACCAAAAUGAUUUUUAAGAUAUUGUAAAUAUUUGUAAUUAAGUAUAUAUUUUUUUGUUAUGGCAACUUGUUUUGGUAUGUGAAUAUCAAAUGUAACCAAGCAUAUGCUUGAUUUAAUUUGUUUUAUUUUAAUGUUUUGUUUUUUGAGUUUACCAAAUGUGUGUUUGCUGCUAUUGUACAUAUAUCCUAUGAAUAGUGAUUACAUUUUGUUAAAAAAAAAAACUUUUUGCUUUUUGUGCAUUUGAGAAUAGCUACGAUCAUAAAAAUGUAAAAUGCGUUAUUAAUCUCACAUUUCAGAUUUGAGCUAUAUAGAACAUGAUGAGUUUUACAUGUGAAAAUCGAUCUUUCUUUGAAGGAAUCCAAAUGACUAAUUGACAUCAGUAAUGUCCACACUUGGCUUCCCACAGCCAUCAUUAAGUUUUACCAUUAAUGUUUUAAAACUGUUUGUCUGUUUGCCCCCAGGGUUAGUAGUUUUGGAUGUGCAUCCACUUCAAACCUUGCAUCUGACAGCAUUGUUGUGUAAGGAUGCGCAGUUAACCCUGUUUUUUUUUGUUUUUUUUCAUCAAACAGUUAAUUGAGCAGAGAUUGAUGAAAGGCUUUGCACUGAUAACAAUUCAUUUUAUUCUCAAACAGGCAGACAGAACAGUGUGCAAAGAUUAAUGUAUUCGUGGAGGAAGAAAAAAUCUGUGCUCUCUUAUCACACAAGCUUUUCAUUUGUCGUUGUAGUCUUUGUGGAUUCAUAAAUCUGACAUUGUUAAAGUUGCUCAGCAUACCAGCGUGGAGAAAUGGCUCCCAGUAAAAUGUACUGAACUUGUAAAAGGAUGUUCAACAGAACCUAAGCUAAUUGCCCACUAUAAGCCAGUAAUCAUGGAUGUUGACAUUAGUUUUUCCAGACUUUUUUAUCUCAAAUUUUUUAUGUGGCCAAAUCUACCAUGUGUGUGAUGGAAGAGGGAUGGAGAGUUCUCUUCCACUUUUAUGUAGGCCCUAGUCUACAAAAAGACCAUGAUUGUGUGUGUCUGGUCUGUGUCUAUCUUACCUACGUAAGGGCUGCUGGUCCUGUGUUUGUUCGUUUUAACUCUUGCCAUUGAGAGUGUGAUAUCUGAUUCACAGUUCAAGUGUUUCAAAUGUAAUCUGCAGAUUUCAGGUCGAGCAUGUGAACAAGCGUGUUCAGCCAAAAAACUAAGCACUUACGAAUAAUUUCGAGAGAGCGUCAUUUUUACGGAUAUUUUUGAUUGUAGAAGUGUGUGUGUGCGUGCGUGCGUGCGUGCGUGCGUGCGUGCGUGCGCUAGGGCCUGCGUGUGCGCGUGUUGAGAGACAGAGACAUUGAAUGACUGAAUCUGUGUGUGUGUGAGGAAGAGUAUGUGAAUGGGUGUAUAUUUUGGAGAAUAAAAAAGUCUUGUCGAUGUAGAGCCAUGUAAAAAAAAAUGUUUUCCUUUAACCAUACUUCUAUUUUAGCUGAAGCUCCUGUGCUUCCCCUAGCUAUAAUAACUAAUUAUCUCACCUGUGCAAGUACUCCAUGAAGACAUUGCUCUGUGCUGCUCCCAGGGAAUAUAGCAGAAAAAAGACUGAAUUUUGAGGUUUAAAAAAACGAAAAUGAAAACUGAAAAGGUUACUGUGUUGUGUUAAGUGACAGCAACAACCUGACAAAGUGGAUCAUUGUUAAACAAAAUGUGACUGUGUUGUUCCCAGCUUGUCUGUCCAUGGAUUGUAGCCAUCCGCCUCGCUUGUUCGGCUGUCAUAGAUAGGCUGUGGUCAGCAGAACUGUGUCUGUUGGGUACAUGAGGGACCUCAACCUCUCUGAAAUUGACCUGAGGCCGUCACCCCAUUGUCCAAGCCCUUCAGCCACCAUCAUCAUCAGUGUCCCGUGUCUUGGGUCUUUGUACAAAUGCUUAAUACGUAUGGAUGACUCAUGACAAUUUUUGUAUCAAAAGCAUUUUUAUAUAUUAAAGGUUCUAU